GGCUCUGCAGAGUGAGCAGGCCACAGCUCUGCACCCAGCAGUCCGUCAGACAGCCUUCGCCUGGUCCCUCCAGCCUGCCAACAGCGGGCACCCAGCAACAGUCUGCUUAGAGAAGCCUUGUUCUCCAGCGUGAUUGCGCUGACACUGCUCUGUGGCUUUCUCUACCUGCCGUGGGUUGUUGCUGCAGUUCCAGAAGGGAGCAGAGGGAUGGCCGGGAGCGGAGCCAGGAGCCGUGAGCGAGCCUUCGUCCCAGAGCUUUUCGAUGGAGCCAACAUGGCCCCACACCUCUGGCUGCAUCGCUUUGAGGUCAUCAACGACCUCAACCACUGGGACCACAUCACCAAGCUGAGGUUCCUGAAAGAGUCUCUCAGGGGAGAUGCCCUGGGGGCCUUCAAUAGUCUCAGUCCCGAGGACCAGGGAAACUACGGGGCUGUGAAAGAGACCCUCCUGAAGACCUUUGGGGGGCCCGAGGCUGCCCACAGCCACCUGCCCAAGGAGAUCGUCUUUGCCAACAGCAUGGGUAAGGGCUACUAUCUCAAGGGGAAAAUUGGCAAAGUGCCCGUGAGGUUCCUGGUGGACUCCGGGGCCCAGGUCUCCGUGGUCCACCCGAGCUUGUGGGAGGAGGUCACUGAUGGUGACUUAGAUACGCUGCGGCCCUUUGAGAAUGUGGUGAAAGUGGCCAACGGGGCCGAAAUGAAGAUCUUGGGCGUCUGGGAUACGGUGGUGUCCCUGGGCAAGCUGAAGCUGAAGGCAGCCUUCCUAGUGGCCAACGCGAGUGCGGAGGAAGCCAUCAUUGGCACCGACGUUCUCCAGGAUCACAACGCCGUCCUGGACUUCCAGCAUCGCACAUGCACACUUAAAGGGAAGAAGUUCCGCCUUCUGCCGGUGGGAGGGUCCCUGGAAGAUGAGUUCGACCUGGAGCUCAUAGAGGAGGAGCCCUCCUCAGAGGAGGGGGGGCAGCAACUCUCUUGUUGAGAAGCCCCCUUUGCCUCACCCCUCAGAUAUUGGCGGGAGGACCCACUGUGGUGGAGGGGACAGGCACCUCUCCUCAGGGGGCCACUGGACUUGGCCAGUCCUCUAAAACCAACUCCCUCCCUCCUGCUCCCCACUUUCCUGCUCCCCUCCCCUCUCCUCCCUCUGCAGGGGCCUUUAUCUGCCCUGGUUAGGGGAAGCUUCCAUUGGAAAAGGGACGGGUGAGGAGAGCAGGCUGGCUGUCUCAGAGGGGAGGGGGUCCUUGUGGUUGUCACACUGCUGUUGGUGGCAAAGACUUGGAGGCUAGAAGAAGGUUCCAAGAAGGCUACAAUGAUGGUCUUAGAGAGAGGACUGGGGGACCCCUUCAGCUCCCCCGAGAUGUGGCUUGAUCACCUGUGGGCCAGGUAGUCUGACUCGACUGGGCUAGGUCCUGGCUGCAGGGUCCUUACAAGUAAGACCCAACCCUCAAGGCCAAGGUCAUGGCUGCUCUAGGAUUCUUCACUGUUGGGUCUUCCCACCUGCAAACUGUUUCCUUCUGUCAUUUGCUUUGAAACCCACUGUGUCUUGUGCCAAUAAUUCAUGACUUCAAACAGCAAUAAAGGAUGACUCAUGGAAAAA